AGCAGCGAACUAGGGACGGGAGGGAAAGCAGGCGGGCAGGGCGCGCGCUCGCGCGCACCUCUCGGGGACAGGAGCUCCUGGAUCGGGGCCUCCUCCCAGCCCUUCUCCACCCUGAGAUCGGCUGCAGGCGAAGCCGUUGGUCACCAUUCCCAGCCGCCGCUUCGGGCGGAACAAGGCGCUUCAUCCGUAUGCCUGGCGCGCACCUUUGACCAGGACUUGACGCGGGUCUUUCCACAUUCCUUUUUCGAACAGGAAAAAAACAAAGGGAAAAAAACCACCCAUAUUGCGAUUCAUGGUAUGGACGCAACACGCUGAGAGAUCUGCAGGGUUUUCAGCCUGCCCCGUUUUCACUGCCUGGAAGGGGGGGAUCCCCUAGGCUGGUUUAUUUUUUAAGGCCAGACCUUUCCCCUCCUCCCCUGCUGCUUUCUUGACCCACCCCUGGCUGAGCUCAGGUGAGGCGCGCUGCUGCUGGCGGCUUCUCUGCGGGACUGGCCGGACGCUUUCCCCGCUUCCAAGCAGGCUCCUCGCCGUCCACCUGCCCACCGAGCCCAACCCGCCCGCCGCUGCGCCUCAGCUGCCCGGCUCCCGCCUGCCUGCCUGGCUCUCUCUCCCCCUCCCUUCCUCCCCAUGCAGGUGGAGCCUCUCUCCUCUCCCUGCUUCUGCCGCCGCGCGAAGCAGGUGCCUGCCCGGGCGGAGGGAGGCAGGGAGGGGUACGCAAGGGAGCGGGAAGAGCCGCCGUCGCCGACAACCUAGCCCGGCUCCCGCCAUCUCCUGCGGCUCGCGCACUUGUCCUCUCCUCCGCCCCUCCGAAGCGCCACGCCCUCGCCGGCAAGGCGGCGCUCUCAUUGGCUACCGGCAUUUGGGUGGGCGGCGCUCGCCCCAGGAGUUGGGCAAUAUAUCCCGCACGAGUGGGAGGGGACACAGCUAAUUUUUCUCCUUGGGCAGAGCCAGGUUUCGUGCUUUCGGCUUCCCUUCCCACCCCCCCCGGCUUUCUCUCUGGUUCACUCUCCCUCCACCCCGCCCCCAGGCCACCUCCUGCCCCGCUUUGCCCGGCUGCCGGUCUCUCUCUUGCUCUCUCUCUCCGGGCACGGAUUACUCGACACGCGCGCUUGCCCGCUUGCCCGCCCGCUCGCCCGCCAGCGCCAGCGCCACCUCGUCAGGGUGGGACGCCCCGCCGGGCACACAAAGACCUUCCGUUUGGUCCCCGCGUCGCCUGGAGAGCGCGAGCGCCCUGCCGGCGGGAAUUUCGCGGAGGGGACGCUCCGAAGCGAAGGCUGUGGUCUCUGAAGGGGGACCGGACUGCAGAACUCCGGGUCGUGAAGCGACAAGCCGCGCCGACCUCCGCUCAUGGCUCGCGGGAAGAAGGAAGGCGAUGGCAACUGGAAGAAAUUCAUCUGGAACUCGGAGAAGAAGGAGUUCCUCGGGAGGACCGGGGGCAGUUGGUGUGAGUACCUUCUUCCUCCAUAUACGCUUUCUCUCUCUUUUUGCCCUCUCGGCUCCCGUCUUUCCAAACACCCCCCGAGGCGGUCUUGCAGGCGAGCCGCGCGGGAAGGCAGAGCCGUAGUGCGCGCUCGUGUGUGUAGGCAGUGGGCGGCAGGUGGAAGCUCCCCUGUGCGUGCCCUGCCUGGAAAUGCUUUUCCACGCGGCUAAAUUGCCGCUCGCCCGCCUCAUUGUGAUCCGAGGCAGGCGGCUCGGAGAAGGGGCGCGAAACCUUCCCGGUCGCUUUCCUUGCCCGGCGAGGCUGGCUUCUCCCCACCCCAAGCCUCCCCUGCUGGGCAGCUUCCGACGACCGCUUGGUCGGCGUGUCGAGGAGGAAAGCGACCCGCUCUGCAGCGCCAGGGCUGUCUCGGAUCGUGCGCGGUGCCAGGCUCGCGCCUUUCCCUGCAAUGUGUGACUCGUCGCUCUGUGUUUUUUGCCGGGGUGUGGCGUGGUUUUGGCGUGUGUGGAAAGAAGGGUCUCAUUCAUUGCGUGCCUCCUCGCUAUUUUGGAAGAUGCACCUCGGGCUUACUAAGGCUAGCCGGCUCACUUGCUUUUCCCAGGCGCGACCGUCUAGACAGGAGGAGAGAGAGAUUGGGGGGGGGGGGGAAUCCCCGGCUUUCCCCUCUCUUUUUCCCCCCCGCGAUGACUUGGGUCACUCCGAAGCAGCCUGUUGCCUCUGCGCUAGAGGAAAAAGCCGCUUGAUUCCCAUUUGCGCCUUGCUUUGCUUUCCCCGCCUGCAAAGGUCGUGCUGAAGGGCACUUGAUGUAGUCAGCCAAGCCUGAGUCGUGAUUGCGGGCAGGGUGGAGGGGGUGGGGGCGACGGAAAGAGGGGGGAGCCCGACACACACCCCUCUUACUCCUCCCCGCCCGCCAUGCUCCUCAGCCACUGCAGAUCCCUCCAUUGCCCACUCAGGGAGGGGAAAGGACGCGGUAGUGGUGCCUUGUGUGUGUUUGCAUUAUCUACCUCUCUAAAAUGGCCACGAUGAGAUGUGAUCGUUCGUGUGAACGUAAGAGAGAGAGAGAGUUAGGGUUGCCUUCCAGACUCUGCCCAACCCCAAAAGGGUUAAUAAUGCAUCACAGCUCAAGGUUAGUCAAGGUGACACCUUCCCAAGCAAAGAGGUAAUGGAAGGCUGGGUUGGGAUCCCUGAGGGAAUCAGAGGGUGGGGGGAUGGGGUGCCACUGCAACCACCAAGGACAACCACCAAACCACCUUUGGUACUGACCACACAUUUGCUUGGAAGCCAGAUUUCAUCCUUUUGUCAUGCACACCUUUAUUUGGGGGAGGCCUGCUUGAGCUGCUGGCAGCGGAGAUAAAGAGAAAAGGUCAGGUGGAAAAGCAAAGGGAGCUUUAGGAAUAAUAAAGUCCUUGAAGGCUGUCUCCUAGCAACUAAACCCAACUUGAAUGAGACUGAGGUUCAGGGCCCAUUUUAAAAAAAAUUAAAAAGUCAAACCUUAAUGUUUUUUCAUUGCUACCGCUACCCUUCAUGCACACAAACCUCCCCCCCCCAACACACUUUUGCUUCCUGGUCCAGGACUGAGGCCCUUUCCCCAGUUGACCACCUUGGUUCUGCAUUGCACAAGCCGGCUCAAAUGCAAAGGACACUGAAGGUUUUCAGGCAAACACACAGUUUCUCCUUCUCCAUUUGCUUACACCUCUGAAAGGUGCCUGAGCAUCAAACUAUUCCCACUGCUUUUCCUUCUUUCAAUAUGACCCUUCAUAAUGCUCCAUGUGGCCAUUGACUGUAUUCUAACCUGCUUUGUGGAGAAGGUAGCAUUUAUUUUGAACAGGCUCCUUUGAUGACAGACAAUAAGCGCUUAACACAACCCUCCUCCCUUUGUUGUUAGCAGAUAGAAAAGUCUGUAGCAAUACCCAUAGGGGUAGAAUGGAGCAUGCCCAGAGCUUUUUGGCAUUGGAAGCAUUUAGAUUUGUCUGCCCUUGAAGGGAAGGGGAGGGUGCCCUUGAAUCUCCUCCUCCUCCCUCUGCUGAGGUUUCCGCAGGUGAUCUUGAGUGUCUCUGUAGAUCCAUCCAUCAGAGGAGUUUCCGUCUUAUCUAGAACUUUCCAUUCCCUUCUAAAACUCUUUGUGCAAAUUUAGAAACAUCUCUGAUUACUAAGGCCAAAACAGCAAACAGAUCCAAGGAAAGGGGGAGCAGAAAGAUUGUUCGUAAGGAAUAAGAAUGGCUUUAUUUAAGAGGACCUGACGUUAUAAAUAGCUUCUUUUUUAAAAGAUAGCUGGGGGAAGAGAAAAGGUUACGGUGUUAUUUUUGAAAUGAUUCACGUAUUGGUAUAGGAACUUUUUUGUAGUCACGCAUGAGUUUCUGCCAGCUGCUGCUGCCAGACUUGCACCGUCUCCAGCCAGUCAGCGUCCUGUUGGAAGUGCCACAUAUCCGGAGCUUCCCGGUUCAAAUCCUUGGCCGGAGUCUGCAUAGAAGGCAGAUGCAAAAGGGGAUUCUUGCCUAACGAUGGGAGAGGAGCUGGAGUCCACAGAGAGACUGAGCUACAAAAUGGGUGUUCAGACAAAAUCCCGUCUUCAGAGACUCUGUUGCUUAGAAUCCCUUAGAAGCAAAGAUGCCUGGUUGCUGGAAGGGCCAGUAAAAUGUCCCUGAUUUCCUCUUUCUGAACAGCUAGAACAGCUGAGGCUCUUACCUGUGUCUUAGGAAAUAAGCUGUUUUGUUUCUUUUAUAACCCAUGCACUUCCUUCAUAUAGUAGAUGCCUUCCAUAGCGCACAGUAGGCUGUGUACUUUGAUGUGGUUGGUUCUUUGUUAACACCCUGGUCAUAAAUCUGACAUAAAACAUCUGACUCCUCACUCUCUGGAGCACUUUGAUUUUAUUAUUAUUAAAGUAAAACCUACCCACAGCACCUUGCUGUAAGCGGACAUACUCUUUGGCUCGUUACAACAGCACCUCCUAUGACUGUACUCUGGAAAAAAUGUCCAAAUCUCUCUGACGUCACAGCUAUUUGCCUACUGCUGCCUGGUUACCGAAGAGUGUGUUAGCCCCAAGUGUGCAAAAAAAAAAAAAAAAAAGUACUGCUGCUGGUCUCCAUGUCUAAUUUCCCUCAAAGGAAAACGAAAACAACCCCUAUUUGAUUAGGGUUUCAUCUUUCACCGGCAACUUCUCUAUAUUGGUGUUCACUCCUUUUAAAGGACUGUUUUAGCACUUUAGAUAGAUAUUAUUUCCCCCCUUCCGAAGAAUAUUGGGAAGUAUAGUUUAAGGGUGCUGACAGUUGUUAGCAGACCCCUGUCCCCCUGAAAGAAAUAAAACUAUGAGAGCUCCCAGGAAAGAGGGAUUGACUGUUAAACCAGAAUUGUAGCUCUGUGCGGAGAAUAGGAGCUCAUAACAACCUUCAGCACCACUUAGAAUCAUAGAAUCUUAGAGCUGGAAGGGACCCCAAAGGUCACCUACUGCAGCCCCCUGCAAUGCAGGAAUCUCAGCUAAAGCAUCCGUGACAGGUGGCUACCCAACCUCUCCUGUUUAAAAACCUCCAAGGAAGGAGAGUCCACCACCUCUCAUGGGAGACAGUUUCACUGCUGAGCAGCUCUUAAUGUCAGAAAGUUUUCCCCUUAACAAGCUGCAGUUUCCAGGAUUCUCUGGGAGAAGCAGUGACUGUUUAAAGUGGCAUAAUACUGCUUUAAAUGUGUAAUGCAGAUGGGGCCUCCAAUAUUUUAUUUAUUUAUUUAUUUAUUGCAUUUAUUUCUCAACUUCUCCGACAUGCAUGGUUCUCCCUCUCAUUUAAUCCCCACAACAGGUAGGUUAGGCUGAGAAGCAUUGACUGGCCCAAGGUCACCUAGUAAGUGGGGAUUUGAACCCUGGUCUUCUAGGUCCUAGCCUGACGCUCUAACCGCUACACCCAUUUGUAGUCUUGCACUGGGUGGAUCUCUUAAGUACCAACAUGUUUGCUGCUGUGGACUUCUUAGUACAAAAAACAAUAGGGCAUGAGUUGGCAUCUUCACCCAGCAGGGCUGCCUUGUGAUGCCUAGAACAGCAUGUUAUAGAGGUAAUCCCUCUAAAGUAGCAACUGAUAAAACCAGAUUUCAGUAUGCGCACAAUUCCUGGGAACAACCCUAGUAAUAAAAUGUUAUGUCCCCCUUUGCCUUCCCUUAACCACAACAAAAACCCUUUAAUUGCAUCUGUAAUUUGCGUAUGAAUCUAGCUGAUUACAACUCAAGUGCAGUCAAAGUGUGACUUUUACAAGAUGCUUUUAUUAAUGCACUACAUAAAAGCAAGCUAAAAGUUGUUUGGGCGCAUAGGACCACAGGGCCACAGUUGAAAUAAAUGUUGGGCAAAAGGCAUUUUGACUCUGGAGAUCUGCCAUACUUGGUGUUUCUUGAUGUAUUCAUAGAGAUGGAAGGGACCCCGAGGGUCAACUAGUCCAACCCCCUGCAAUGCAGGAAUAUGCAGGUGGCCGGUAUGGGGAUUGAACCCACAACUGUGGCCUUAUUGUUGCCAUGCUCUAAUCAUCUGAGCUACAUGGAAUUGAAUUUUCAUGCAUCUUCAGAUAUGGAUGUGACUCCCCCAAACUGGGUCUGUGAUGUCACAGUCACAAGCACAUUUACUUGGCGGCAAGAGCUCAUUUACACUGGUGCAAGAGCUUCUAGCCGCCUUCCUGUGCCUAAGAGCUCUCUGCCGUUGCAUGUAGCCCAGAGUUACAUGUGUAUUUCUGUGUUCAUAGGAACCUAGCUCUUUCCUAUCAUGUGUGUACGUUCUUGCCCACAUGUUGUGGUCUACUGCAAAGCAGGGGUUGGGCAGGUAUGAUAGGUCCAAGGUUCACUCCAUGACCCGCUAUGUUUAGAGCCUAUUAUAGUGAGACCCACAAUAAAAUUCUGCAGUGGAUCCUCCUUUCUUAAAGGAAUGCUCCACUUUGAAUUUCCAACCAGUCAAUUUCUCUAAGUAGGGCAUUCCACUCUGUUCCUCCUCUCCAUGUUCUGUUUUCCUUUCUCAGCAAUCACCCUACAUUCUGUGCCUCCUACACGUGCUCAGACCUUUCAGACUGUUUCUUGCCCCCUCAUGGUUUUUGUAAAUACUUCUGCAAACCUCAACAUUUCGCCAGCCACCCGGAUGCUUCCCUGUUGUUUCUUGGGGUCCCCAUUUUGACUGCAGUCCUAUUGGCACUCACUGCUUGUGUUCACUGUUAGAAUUUGUGGUGCUGGGGCAAAGAGAUAACUGGAUUUGAACCCCACCAAGAACCUAAGUAGAUCAAACAAAAAAUCCAUCCAAGUCCAGUAUUCUGUUUCCAACAAUGGGAAGAAAGCAGUGUUUGCGAAGCUACCAGCAUGGGUUUGACCAAACUGCGGGAGGCAGUGGAAGACAGGAGUGCCUGGCGUGCUCUGGUCCAUGGGGGCACGAAGAGUCGGACACGACUAAACAACAACAAAAUUAAUUUUUCUGCACUUGGAGGUUCUACAUGUCUGUCAUGGCUAAUAACCAUCAAUGAACAGACCUAUGGCCCACAAUUUUUUCUGUCCUAUGUAAGAUUAAGGCCAUUGAGCUCUACAGAACUUCAAAGUAAAUGUGCUUAGUAUUGCUCCCUCUGUGAGCAGCAGUUCUGACUCUCUGCCAGAGAGAAAGAGAGAGAUAUGAUACCACAAAUAGUAUUUUCAGGUCUGUCCAGGCUAUUUUCAAUGACGUGUUAUUCUUUGAGGGCAUUGCCUUUGGGGAGCUGUAACAGGAUUUCCUGUAGCCCUCCAGAUGUUGCUGGACUCCAAAUCCUAUCAUCCUUCCCCACUGGCCAUGCUGCUUGGAGCUGAUGGGAGUUGAAGUCCAACAACAUCUCUGGUUGGGCUCCAUCACCUUUGAACCCCCUUCCAACUCCGUGAUUCUUUAAUUGCAAUUGUUGCAGAACUUGGCGCUUGUAAUCUUGAGAAACUGCUGGAUACCCAAAUGGCCUCUUGCAUAAUUAGCCUUCCAUCCUUGACUGCUAUGUGUUUAUUUUUUCUCUUGCCACAGUUAAGAUCUUACUCUUCUAUGUGAUCUUCUACGGCUGCCUGGCUGGUAUCUUCAUUGGGACCAUUCAAGUCAUGCUGCUCACCAUCAGCGAAUUCGAGCCCAAGUAUCAGGACCGAGUAGCACCCCCAGGUAACAAUGUGCACUGAUGAGGGGCGCUGGUCAAACUCAACCCCCCCCCCACAGAAGGAGUGGUGUGUGUUUGCUUAUUUUGCCGCAGUGGAUUUUAUUUAGAGCUGCUGGAUUUUGACUGCCUCUUUCAAUAGCUGCAUGGCCUUCUUUAUUUCCUCAAAACUUGUAGGGUCAGGCACAGAUGAACUGGUAGUCUACUGUAACAAAGAAGGAAAUUUUGGCUUGCCUGUUGUUUCACUAGGAAGCAGAGCCUGCUCAAUCUCAGGCAGCAGGAUCUACAGAGAGCAGCAGAUCUGGCUCCCAAGGAAUGCAUCACCCAUUACUACUACUACUACUUCUGCUGCUGCUGCAGUAGCAGCAAUGGCUGCGUCACACUCCUUGGGGCCCAGAUCUGCCACUUCCUCUGCGCUCCCCCCCCCAGCAAUGCCGCUUCUCUUGGUGAAUAGGAGGCACCGCUAAUCUUCUCCUGCCCCUAGUAAAGAAUUGGUGGGGGCUGCCUUCUGGGGUCUCCCAGGCUCUGUAUCUUCCUGGUGAGACUCAGAACAGGCCUUUUCUCUCUCCACCGACAGCCUUCGAUUCCGACUUAAACCGUUGGGUAAGAUUGAUUUCCCCUCUUGUUCCUGAUGUAGAUCUUCACUCAUCUCUUCUUCGCUGGCUGGGGUGCAUGUGUAAUUUUUUGUGGUUUGCCUCAGGUGCCAAAAUGCCUUGGGCCAGCCUUGCUAGAAAAGUGUGCCCUCCAGUUCUCGGUGUAAUUUCCCAAUGGGUUUUUAUCUCAUUGCUCCUCUAGUAAGUUCAGGUAAGUUCAGAGCAACAACCUCUGUGACCUUAGUUAGGCCAAGAUUGCUUUGCUCAAGGCUUUAUAACAGAGUUGAGUUUUAAGGCAGGGCAUCCAAGCCCAAUACUCUAACCCGAUAGUCUUCCACCUUUUCAGACCUGAGACCCACCUUUAGCCUCCUAUGUGCAUUUUGGGGGACCGCUUCUUAGUUUUGAACCAUAUAUUUGUAUUUGUGGUGCCGUUUGGGCCCACCUCAGGUAUAGCUGUGAUUCAUUAGAGCAAGGCUAGAGAUGCUGUGGGGAUAGAUGUGCAGUUGGGCUCCAAGUCCCACUGUCCCUCACCAUUGGCCAUGGGCAGAAGUCCAACAACAUCUGGAGGACCUCAGGUUCCCCACCUGUGAUUCAGUAGUGAGCUCUGUUCCACCAACUGAAGGACCAUUCAGUCUUCAACUGAUGGGCUGGGAGCCAAAGUUAGUUGGGACCUCAUCUUUAGUGGCACAAUUACCACUUGUUAUUAUGGUUUACUCUCCAUUAAAAAAAGUGUGGAUAGGGGAGAGAGAAGGGUCACUUCCAGACUAUUAGUAUUUGGUGGGAGGGAUUGAAUCACUGGCUGCCUAUUUAGAUUUACUCUAUUAAAGUGGAUUAAAGUGCUAAUGUGCUCUGACACAACAAAUUCACUUUCUAAGAAAGCAGACUUUUAUUGCUUAGGGCACGUCAGCUCUGAGAGCUCCAGAAAUGAAGAUGAAGGACUCCUAUCUCCCUCAUAGUUGUAUGGCAUCAAAUAUUUCAGGAGAAGCUGCUUCUGGUAAAAUUCUCUCUUCUACAUACCUGUUGAAGGAGCAAGAGCCCUGCUGCCCACCUUUGCUUCUGGGCACUCUGGAGAGAAAAUCAGGAAAAGGCAGAGCUGUGCAUCAGCUAAUGUAAACUUGAUCCUUUGUUGCGUAUUAGGAUUCUGUGUCUGAUUAGACUGCAGACCAUUCCACAUGGGCUUAUUUGUGCUUCAUCUUCAUGGUACAACGUCCAGAGGGGCAGUUGUGUUAGUCCGCUGCAGCAAAAAACACAUAAGGAGUCUUGUAGCACCUUCAAGACUAACAUAUUUAUUAUGGCCCAAGCUUUUACAGAACAGAACCCACUUCAUCAGACACAUGAAGUUGACAGGCGUGUGUGUACACACAUAUGCUAGUGUAGUGGGGGGGAAGUAGCGAGCAAUUGGGUCAAAUGGCAGCAAAAACCAGAAAGUGCAGCCAGUCACAAUUCAGUUAAGUGACUGCUAAUUGAUAAUAAUGCAACCAUUCUAGUGUUGCUAAGUUAAUUUAAAGUUUCCAUUCUUCAACAAAGGCACUUUAAAGGGAGAUUUCCCGCAUGAAGCCACUGAAUUACAAUUAAUCAAGAAGUUUGAUUCUGUCUGUUUGGACGUGAAGAGGGACUGUGUUGUCUUGUCCCACUACAUGUGCUAAUCAGCGUACCAAACAUGGGUGAUUAUGGGAUCACCAGUUACUGCUGCUGUGCUUAUUUUGCACACACCAAACUUUUAAUCGAAUUAGGAACAUAGGAAGCUGUCUUGUACCAAGUCAGAUCUUUGGUCCUUCUAACUCAGUAUUGUCUGCACUGACUGGCAGCAGUUCUCUCCCAUCCCACCUGGAAAUGGCGGGGAUUGAAUCUGGAACCUUUUGCAUGCAAAGCAGAGGCUCUACUACUGAGCUACAGCCUUUCCCCAGCUGUCACAGACUAUACAUUUUGCAUUUAAUUUCCAUUUUACUCUACUGUUUUAACCAUUCACACCCAUAAGGAAUAUUAUAUACCUGCCAACUGAGAAUAAUAUCUCAAUUAUGAAGGGGGGGUCUAGUCCACAAGAGCUUAUGCCAUAACAAAUGUGUUAGCCUUUAAGGGGCCACAAGAAUAUUUGUUGUCUAUGUGGCACAGUACCUUCCUGGUGCCUUGAGUUACUUCUUGUGGAUUGCAAACACAUCUAAGCUGUGUUAAGCACUGUCACUCAUCACAGGGCAAACUGGGUUUCCCACCAGGUAUUUGCUGUCUGCUUGCCAUUUCAGGCUAAAAGUAGGCGGUUCUACUUUCAGUUCAGUCAUGACUCUGUUAGCAUUUAACCAUUUGUGCAGACUGCACAAUAAGAUUCUCUGCCAAAAGGACAUGGACCUUUAUCUCGGAUGUUCACAGGGUGGGUGGGGCAUGUCUUUCUAGAUAUUGCUGGAUUCCAAUUCCUAUCAGCCCCAGCCAGCAGGGCCCAAAGGUUGAUACAAUGGGAGUUGUGGAACAGUAAGAGCUUGAAGGGCUCUGGGUUCUCAACCUGCAGCUUACAGUCUGCAUUAGGGAAGAAAACACUGUGAUUCAGAUCAGCAGCGAUGCAGAAGGGGAUCAUUUAGUGAACGGAGGGGGCACAGUUAGGGCAGUUCAGAAAAGCCAUUGCAGUUAGAAAUAUUUAGUGGAAGAAGGAGCAGGAUGAAUGCAGGAUAAAAGGAUGUUCUGGAAUAGGGUGCAGCCUGGCACAAGGCACACAAAAAAUGGAAAAUGGAAAGAAUUUUCGUUUCAGUUCAUUUCAAACUUUUAUACACCAUGCUUCCUUGCAAAUUUAUCUAAAGCGGUCUACAAAUUUAAAUUCUCAACAACAAGAAUACAAGAAUUCCAUGAAACCAUUAACAGCAGAGUGGAAAAUUCCUAAAGUUAAUUUAUGCCUGAAAGACAUAAAAUCAUAAAAACGCCUCUGAGGGUGUCCUAACCUGGCAUCUAAAUAAGAGCAGAGCAGAGCGAGUGCCAACCAUGUUUCUUUGAGGAGGGUAUUUCACAAGUGAGGUGCCAGUGAUGAAAAGGCUCUGCCUGUCCAGGAGGUGUCACUACUGGCAAAUGGGCAUGAGCUGAUAAAAUGCACACUAUGCCACUGAUGAUAGCUGGACAACAGAUGAUUGUGUGCAAAACAGAAUACUGUAAAGGAGUAGAAGUUACCUGGAGAUGAGGGAAGGGUUAGUUCUGGUGGAUUCUCAUCUCCUGCGUAUUCCUCUUCGCAGCUUAGAGGCAGGACUAUCCCCAGCACAGCAGUUCUCUGUUCAUAUAUGAACCAAGGAACAAUAAUGUGUGCAUACAGUCCAGGAGUAAAUGUUAGCACAGUUGUGGACAGUGUAUAUAUAUAUAUAUGGCACACAUCCUUAGAUUCAAAAGCAGCCCCAAAUUAAAUGAGAGAAUGAUGUGCUGUCACUGAGUCUAAUAAUCCCUAAAGGGGCAAUUACUGGUUUAGAGUAAUGCCUAGCUUCAUUUAAAGCUACCAAGGCACAGCAUGCAGGGCUUGAUCCUGGCUCCAUUGCAGGGGACAAGACACCCAGCAUAAGUUGUGGGUAGUAUCCAACACUUCCUGUCUGCAGUGGCAUCUCCUUGCAUAACAUAACACCUCCCCCUUUCCUUCUGCAGCUUCCCAUGCCCUCAAAAUCUGCUCCAGGGAGCCAGGGGACCCCCUGGAGCAGAUUUGGGGGGGGGGUAAAAGGGGAAAAGUGGGGAAGGGAAAGUCUCACUGAAUGAGAGGAAAACCACUUGCAGAGUGUUGGAUACAACCUUAACUUUCUGCCAUCCCUCACGUGCCAACCCAAGCGGCCCCCUUGAGUGCUUGCUGUCUGGUGCUGGGAGUCUUAAGUUGUGCUCAGAACAUCUGCUUUCUAAUCUAGGCUAGCUGCUAAAUACGUUAACUACCUUCCGUUUUGUCCCUUGGGCUAUAAUCUGAAUUUUGCUUAUUCAGAUGUUGAAACUGUCCAUUACACUUGUCUAGAAAUAUGUUUAGGAUUGGAGUGGCGUUGGUUGGGCUGGGGAACAAUCUGUGACAUGAAAGGAUAACAUGAAACUUCACAGGGGUCUUGACUUUUAGCUUAUUUGUUAGCCCCUGUGAGCACUGAUAAACUAGCAUGAUCCCCACUAGUAUGAAUAUUUCAUUGAUAAUUAUUCGCUGAUGAAGACUUUAAUCCAAAACAGUUGAACUAUUCCAGAUAUAUUGUCCUUUUGAGACUUCGGAGAGAUGUCUUCCUUUGAGACUUUUGUGAGACGUCUUCCUUUGAGAGAUGACUUGGCGUUCCUCGCUAUUCAUUGAUUUGUUUGAUUCUUUGACUCUGAUACAUAUAACUUGUAGUUACUUGUAUAUUUUGUGAGAUGUGUUGUAUGAUAUACACAUUAUUUUGAAGUGGCUUAUUUGUAUAUUUUGAAUGACAUCAUAACCGAUUAUAUAUUCACUAACGGUUAGUAGCCAGCGUGUUGCGUUUGCAUUUUUUGUAGAUUGUUACGUUUUGCAACACGGGGGUUUGUGUUUGUUCAGACCCAUGUAGCUCUGGCAUGGAGAAACUAAAGCUUCCAUGACUAUUUUUUUUUUUGGGGGGGUGCUUUAAAUGUAGGGUGUGUACACAGUCAUUGAGAAAAUGACUGUUAACCUGUGCCUAUAAGCUGGCCAUAUGUAAGUAAGCAGGAUGAUUUGACAGAACAGCAACUACCCUGCUUGCUCCACCAAGCCUCUAUCAAGCAUUAUCCAUUCCCAGCAGUUAGUAGGAACCAGCUGUGUGUGUGCGCGCAUGGAGUCUUGCAACUGUUAGUUUCCACAUUACAAAUGACCCCAGGGUUGCUUGAUGCUGGAGGCAGUCAUCAUUUAUGCCUCCCUCCUUCCCUCCCUCCCUCUUGCUCACUAUAAAACCCUUCAGAAGCUUUAAAUAGCAGUAUAAUAUUUAAACGGCCGCAGCAGCACUGCCAGAAUGCUGCUUGGUGGGCUAACUCCCACUGCGAAAUGCAUUUCCUCCUUACUGAAUCCCCAGCAAGGCCUACACACACUCAUGUUGAGAUCAAGUUGAACCACUGUGUUUUUUUCCAUUGGCUGCCUCCAUUUUAAGCAAAGACGUCGGUUCAGGAUGCAAGUUGGAACAAAUGUUGGAACAUUGUAUUUUUAAUGCUACUGUAGCUGGUCGCUGUUCCUUGUAGCAGUGAGUAAACAGCUCUCACAAGUGCAGGUGGCAAGCACAGUAUUCUCAAUUAUUGGGGUGAUCAGGCAUAGGUAGCAGACAAAGGGUGGUCUCCGACUAUCUUUUCUCCGUCUCUGCAAGGAUUUUUGCUUGCACAGAACUCACCACCACCACCACUCCCCACCCUGUCCCAGAGUCUGUUCUGGAGGAUUAUGGGGAAAACCAAGAGCCAGUUUAAGUGGCAUGCAGAGGGCGACUAGGGGAAGUUCUGUUGUGCCAGUGAAAAUCCUUAUGUUGAUGGAAUGAGUUACUUGGAUAUAGUCCAAGGACCCUACUCUAAAUGCACCUGUGCAUUUUCUCCCAUAAAUUAAGUAAGGCCCUCGAGGACACUGUUGAAGGCAAAACUGAACACUCUUGACACUGGGUGGCCCAGCCACUAUCAACAGAGGUAGCCUAAGCUUCUGGGGGGUAUAUUGUUUACCACAAUCCCCUCCAGGGACUGUUGUCAUACGAGAGCCCUACACAUGUACUGGUGGAUGUUUCGCUAGGACUGUAACAUAAAUGGCAAACAUUAGGCUACUCAGUGGACUACGCAGUUCAAUAUAUUAUGCGAAAUAGCUAUCAUUUUAAAGAAAAACAUGCAUGGAAUUCUAAAACAUUGAAUAAUAAGGCUUUGAAAAGUUUAGUCUGGGAGUAUUUAUACCUCAAGCAAUAAUCUGAUAAAUUGGUGUUGCACGCCACAUUGCUAGAUUUCUCCUACUGUGUUGUCUAGAGUCAUCCAUUGUCCCUUAUUUUUAAAGUGUCAUUAUUCUAGGUUAUCUUCUUUGGUGAUCACUCGUAGCUGAGUAAUAUUGUCUUCCAUAAACAUGGUUUUAACAAUGAGUCCAAAAGUGAUUGUGGAGGCUAAUUCUGGACCCACGCGUCCUUCCACUGUGGGGACAUUGGUUCCCGGGCGGGAGUUGAUCAUGGUGUGGAUUUGCCAAGCCUGCCUUCCUCUUAGGACGUUUCUCCCUUGCAUCCUGAGUUUGAGUGUCUUCAAAGUCCAUGACACCUUUGACAAAGGUGGUUCUUCAAUUGGAGCACUCGCAGGCCAGAGUUUCCCAGUUGUCUGUGUUUAUACUACUUUUUUUAGAUUUGCUUUAAACCUCUUUUGUUCACCACCAGCAUUACGCUUUCCAUUUUUAAAUUCAGAAUAGAGUAGUUGCUUUGGAAGAUGACAAUCAGGCAUCCGUACAACAUCACAUGAUGAUGAUCCAGCGAGUGAGUCUAGAUUAUAAUUGCUUCAUAAAACACAUCCUGCACCAUACCCCUUAUAUCAGUACACCACAGUUUUGUUUAUUAUUUCUUUAUUUCAUAAAAUUUAUACAUCACUUGAUUUUUUUUAUUUAAAAACCCUCAAAGUGAUUUACGAAAGAUAAAACAGUAAAAAUUGGGGGGGAAUUACAACCCUGCUUUAAAGCAUACAUGUUGAAUCAUAACUCUCUAGAGUGACUUGGAUCCUUAGAUCAUCAUCAACAUUUUUAAUUUGUAUACCAUCUUUCUAUCUUACAAUACUCAAGGCGGUUUACAAGCUGAAGAAACAAAAAAUGUACAUCUUAUAACAAUCUAAUGCAGUACAAAAAUGUGAUAAUAAAACAAAACUUUAAAAUAAGCAACCUACAUCAAAAAAGUAACAUCCAGCUAUCAUUAGAAUAGUAUAAAAUAAUAUCAACGUAUAAAAGUUAAACAGAAAACCACUCAACAGUUACAAUAAAUAAUUUCCAAACUAUAAUCAGUGAAACAACGGCAAGCCACAGUACAUCAAAUAAUACAAUACAAAUUGAGAAGCAGAGACUAGAGGGUGGAGCAAGGCAGGUGGAAGAAGGCCUUGCCUAGUCUCUCCCCUCACAGUUCUUCCUCCAGGCGCAGUUUCCUUAUGAAGAAUCCCAGGGCCAGGGGGUGGGGCAAGGCAGGUGGAAGGAGGCCUUGCCUGAUGAAGUCUCUCCCCUCACAGUCAGCAUCUCUUUAUUUCCACUUUAAGAGGAAAUAUUCCCAUCUUUAGUUAUAUGAACUUGAAUCGGGAUGGAAACUCGGAGUCACCCUCAUGUGAUUUCUUUUGCGUCCCCAUCACCCCCAGUUCUUCUUUUAAAUUCCCUCUCUCCCACCCCCAAAUUUAAAACUGGAAUUACCUGCUACUCUUACAAGUAACCAGUAGCGGGCACUUAAAAGUUUGCAAAAAUAGCUUACCCCAGGCUAAAAAAAGGGGCAGAUGUCUACGGGUGAAUGUCUGCUUUAUUUACAAGAUCAAAAGAGGUUUAUGAGCCUAACAAAAGUGAAACUCUUAACUUCUUUUUAAAAUUUAAAUUUAGCUACAGCAUUGUAAAAUUAUGUAAGAGGUGAUUUUCCACAUAUUGAAGAAGUAGGGGUCAAUGAACAAUGUAGCUUGCAAUAACCUAGUGGAAACUUCUGCUAUAUAAUGAGUUAGCAAUCAAGGCAGCAGUGGACGAAAGGGGCCUAUUGGGCUUCAAUCUUCAGCUGCACACUUCUUUUGGGUCCGGAACCACAUCUUUACUUCUGUGGUCACUUGCACAAAGUAAGACAGACACAGAAGGGAAGGGAAGACACAGAAGGGAAGUAAGACAGACACAGAAGGGAAGGGAAGACAGAAGGGAAGUAAGACAGACACAGAAGGGAAGGGAAGACAGAAGGGAAGUAAGACAGACACAGAAGGGAAGGCUUGCAUAGUGGUGAAGGGCUGCUGACCAGGAAAUUCCUGCCAGAAACUGACCAGGAGGUCUUCCAUGGCUGCUACCAUUUAAAGCAUAUGAUGGCAGCAUAAUUGCACUACUAACAGCUUAUGGAAAGCAGCAAAAUGGCAGUGAGUAUCUGGUCUCUGAAAUAGCAUUUAGAGCAACUUUAGAGUUUCCUAUCUGAGAUCUCUUUGGCCUCUUUGCACCUUAUUAGGCAUUACAACAUGCAGCAAUAGAAGCGGACUCUCUGCAAUAAAUGGAAAUGUCCAAACAUGCCUUUCUCCCACAAGGGAAAUGUACUAGUGGCUCUUUCCAGGCAUUUCCACUACAUGUUGCAAAGUCUUACUUGCAUGUCUGCUCCUUGACAGAUGUAAUGCUAGAAGUUACCCCCCUAAGACUAUCUGCACACAACUUCAUUUCUGCAUACCAUACACGGUGUGUUUGUAGCCAUUCUGCUCCUUAUGCUGUGCAGGCUGCCAUUAUUGUGACAGCCAGGAUGCUGGCUGUGUGAUUAAGGGCACAGCAGCUAUCCCAUGCUUGAGCAUUCCAGGUAUGUUAGAAGUUUCCAGCAGAGAGGACGGAUAGCAUUCUCACAGUGUGUUGUGAUGUCUCUGUUGUAGUCUCAACUGUUGCAAUGGUAGGCAUCCCAAUGGGAAUCAUAUGGGAAGACAGCCCUGUCAUGCUCGGAUCCUGCUUAUGGGCUUCCCGUAGGUAUCUGGUUAGCCACUCUGGGAAUAGGAUGCUUCUUGGCUAGACUAGAUGAGCCAUAGCAUGAUCCAGCAAGAUCUCUCGAGAAGAACUGCACUAUGGCUAAAAUGCCUUUUUUGGGUAGUACCAUUUCAAGCACAUCGCCUCUUCUGUGUGCCUGCUGUCCCUUGUGGACAGCCAUAGCAUUUCAGUAUUUCUGAGCCGAUGGUUCUAGCCAGUCAUGUCUGCCAGUGUCAAUUGCCACCACACUGGUUUUCCAUUAACUUGGGUCAAACCAUGAGAGUGACAAGAGAGCGGAUGGCAAACUAGGAUGGUCAUAUGUCUUAGUUUACAUAGGAUAGUCCUCCAUUUGAAGGGCUGUCUAGUCCAAGCCUGGUUUAAAGAGACAAACCACCAGAAGGCAGGAGUCUUGAUGUUGCCCAUCAGUGAGGAGACACCACAGGCACAGUUUCCUCCACUAGGGUGAGGUGUAUGGUAUUUCUAUUAAACCUAUCACAAUCAUUUCUAAAUUUGCAUCUAUACUUAUGAAUUAACACACUCGAGUGUUUGCUCCUCUUCUGCAACCCUUUCCCCUGUGAUGCAUUUUCUCUUUUUUUAGCAAUGCAUAAAUGGUUAUCCUAAGACUAAGAUUGCAGCCAACAUUAUAUAGUGCCACUAGGUGGAAACCUUUUUCAGUAUCUUAUAAUUGGCAUGAUAACUAGCUUAGGUUAGGACCAUGACACUUAAAAGUAUUGCCUAAUGUUUACUGUUUUGCUGCCUUAACCUUUGAUGUCAGUUGUCGUGGGCAUUUCUGUUGUAACAGAAAUAGAGCAUACUGUAGGAAUUAUGUUGAGGAUCAUGUAUGCUCAACCCAGUCUUGAUCAAGGCCUGAUUAAGGACUGAUUUAACACCGCAAAAUUCCUACAUAAAAGGCAAUUUCUGUAGGAAUUUGCCAGAGAUUCUUUUAUAGAAUGUAACAUGUAACAGUAGUGGUAUGUGGAUUUUUCACUGUGUAUUCAUAGACACCAAUGAUGUACGUGAACCAGAAACUCAGAUAAGAAGUCAUGACAUGCACUCUGUGGAUUUGGUUUCUAGAAAUUCCAGCAGGAAGAGAGUCUGUCUCAGCCCCAGAAUUCAUACAUGAAUGAAACAGCCCUCAGUUUCUCAAGAGGGACAGUGAGGUGGAGCCAUUAAAGUGUUGGGACCAGGAGACCAUGGUUUAAAACCCCACUCAGCCAUGAAGCUCACUGGGUGACCUUGGACCAUUUGCAUCCAGCCUCACCUACCUCACUGGCGAAUUAUGAGGGUAAAAGGGAGAAUGAGGUCCAAUGGGCUGACAUCUUACUUGGACCCCCCCCCCAGGCCUCUCAUCGCUUGGGCUCCCCCAGUAGCUGUGCUGCUGCAGCCACUAUUUGCCUGCUAUCACUCACUCAUGGGCUUAUCUAUUAGUGCUGUAAAGGGCUGGCUGUUGUGGUACUGUUUUACUCCUCCCAUUACAGCACCACCACCAGGUAAGCCUGCUUAACUUCAGGGAAGGCCAAGGUUGAUGAUGGAAGCAGCACUGCUGCAGGGUGUGUGUGUGUGUGUGUGUGUGUGUGUGUGUGUGUAACCAAGUGGUAUUGGGCAUUGCAGGGGCAAUCGAUAUUGAGGAGGGACCACUGCCAAGCACACCCUGCUCAGGGCUCUAAAAAACUGGACCUGAGCUUGUCCUCACUGCUCAUUUUUUGGGAGCUAUCAUGGUGUUAAUCCCUAUUUUAUUAACUUGGCAGAACCACAUAGCUCUCUGUGUCUAAAAACAAAUUGUGCCCCUUCAAUUGGCUCCUUGCUGUGCUCUUGGCUUCACCACGGGGAAAAACGACUCUAUCUAGUGCCGAAUGUAGACUUGCUGGGUUUGGAUGAGUUAUUUGAGCCUGUGACUCUUGUCCAGCUCCCUGAGCUGAAGGCAUCGUGCCAGGAUCUGUGCCUCUCUAGACCACCUGGCAAGAUUGGCCGAAUGUCCUAGUGAACAAAAAUGGAAGAUGGGGCCAUAGAAUUUGGUGCUUCUGCACAGCUGUGUAGUUGAUGGUCCCAGUGUGGAGAGGACUGCCUUCCCUUAGUAACUUCAGGGCUUGCUAAUUUCAGUUUGUAGAUGUACAGUUCAGCUGUGAUAUUUAAUUCCUCUCUUUACCCUUGUGCUCAUUUAAUAAUGAGAAGACUGACAUGCUUAUUAUUUUCAGCCCAGAACAUCUUGCUGUCCCGCUUAGAUUAGAAUAUAGCCUGGUUUGCUCAGUUGGUUAGAGCAUGGUGCCGAUAACACCUAGGUUGCAGGAUCAAUCCCUGUAUGGGCCACCUGCAUAUUCCUGAAUUGCAGGGGGUUGGACUAGAUGAUCCUCGAGGUCCCUUCCAACUCUACAAUUAUAUUCCAUACUAUGGCUACCUUGCUCCUAAGAACUGUGAUGAGUGCAUGUUCUGAGAGGCACAUACCCAGACAAAAGCUCGUCACCACAUCCUACCUCUCAAUCAGCAACGUAUUACUGCUUCCCCUUUUCCUGUGGGGUGGACGUUCUUAGACACUGUCUAGGCGCUCCUGCCCUGCUGCUCACAAUUCAAAGUCCAGCAGUCUGGAUUUUUAAAAGGCAUGCUGACCCAAGCAACUUUUUGGAAUAUUUGGGCAGUUGGUCUGGGGUCUGUUUGCAAUGCAUAAAGAAGUCCAUAUUUUAAAAUGGCAUCCAGUCCACCUGCUGCCAAGGAAAAAUGGUUGUCAGGGUCUCAGAACUGCUCACAGUGUGUCUCAUAUGCUGACACUUUGAACGACUGCUGGCAUAUACUUAGUUAUUCAGUAAUUAUUAGCAAUAAUGAUGGAGAAAGGGGCAACCACAUUUGGAAAGAAGGUGGAAUCCUGUAUGUAACUAGUUGUAACUGAACAGUUAAUUCCACCAUGGGUAUUAAACUCGCUUUCUUAGGAGGUGUAUCUAUAACUGGCUCUUCUUGAUUCUCUUUGAUGGAAUACAAACAGCUGUAACCUUUCACCAGAUAAAUCUCGGAACCUGCUGAAUGGCUGACCUUGUUAAACAUUCCAGGAUUUCAGUCGAACUGUUGUUGUCUCCUGAUCUCCCUCAUCUUUUUUAAAAAAGCAUUUUGCCUUGAUUUUUAUCACUGAAAGCCACAUUCGGGUGUUUUAAUAGAAAGGUGUGGUAUGAACAUUUAAAUAAAUAAAAAAUGCAGUGAGUUGGGUCCAGAGUUUAUCAUACUUGGAGGUAACCCAUGGUAAUCGAGGGGACAUGCAUUAAUCAUGACCCUCAAUGCUGACUAUGCAAUUGGGUAAUGAUGCAGAACUUUGGCCAGCUUGAUAGCAAUUAAUAUUAAUCUCUAGGCAAUAAUUUUGCCAGUCUUACCUUUAUCAGCCUAACCUAUCGAUUUUAUUCAUAGGACUGCUUUAACAUUAUUCUCUGUCUGCUGACUUUAUUUGCAACCCAUCGUUUCCUGCUUGUCAAUUAUUGUAAUCUGCUUUCUUAGUAACGGAGCAUCACACUGGAAACUUUCCACUUCAUUUGAUUUAUGACUCUGAUGGUUCUGGGAACAAAUGCUACACCGGGGAGAAAGGAAAUACUCUUGUUUCAAAGGGGAAACCUAGGGAAUGGUCUCUACUGCAGGAUCCUCAUUCAAACGCACUCGGACGAAGCUUGACUAACAGCGCUCAUCCCUAAUGUGGUAGCUUUUCCACAUGCAGGAAGCUUUUUAACACAGAUCUCUAUGAUCCAGUAGUUUAAAGUGAUUCACUCUAGUUAGGACUGUAGCACAUGCCUUUUCUUCAUGAAUCAGCCCUCAGAAUAGCAGCAAAACAAAUGAAUCUGCUUUCAUCCCCGGGGUCUGCAGGGUCCCAGUGGGUGCCUUAAGUGGCUGCCAGCUGGACUUGCCUUUGGUAAGUGUGAGCUACUGGCACGAUGUUUAUUUCCUGAAUUCUUUAGUAGCAUUUGGGUGCCUUUCUCCUCCUGCUUCCUGUCGUACAUGCCCACACUGCAUUGUUGGUCUAAGGUUACUGAGAAGGGCAGGGCUGUUGGAAGGAGUUAUUCUUGUUUGCCCUUUAGCAAGAGCCAGGACACAUUUAUUUACUUUGGAGAGGUAGGCAUGCAGUGCAAAGCUGUGGAAAGUAUAGGUGGAAAUAAAUUAAGCCGUGUGUGUGUGUGUGUGUGUGUGUGUGUGUGUGUGUGUUGGAUUGUAUCUUAAGAAUUAAUGAAAGAUUUCUGUUUAGUUCUCAAAUAGCCUGUAGAGACAAAUGGCGUUUCUGUUUUUAGAAUAGUAAGGUGCAAACAAUUUCUUUGUAGUGUGCGAGCCUUUUCAUGGACUGAGCUUUCCAGUGCUGCACUAAUCCAUGUUUACUAGGAAAAACAUGUGUGCUGCUGUAAUGUCUGAACUGUGGCACGAGUGUUUUUCCUGUGACAUGGAAUAGGCAGCGGCACCACUCAGCAGAAAUAAUUUUGCACGUGCAAGAAUUUCAACUACAGGGGGAAAUGUAGUGAACCUGAGACAGCUGGGAAUAGUUGAUCAACAAAUUGUUGUAGCCCUUGACUACCAUUAUUAAUCUUCCAGGUAUGGGGAUGAACUCUGGCAUGAGAACUGAUUUUAUUAUAGAGACCCAAUUUAAGAUAGUCAGAAAACAGAAUGUAUAUUGGGGUGGUGGAUGGCUGCGAUAAACCAGGGGUCAUGACAUGUUGUUCUCACCCAUCCCAGAUGAGGAGUGAAAUCUGCUUUUAUGGUAAAGUAUUUAACUAUGGUUUACCAUGUUGCACAAACUGGGCCACUGCAGAACAGUCUGUCUGAGCACUGAGAACUUGGUUGUAAAACAGCAGUACAGUGGUACCUCUGGUUAAGUACUUAAUUCGUUCCGGAGGUCCGUUCUUAACCUGAAACUGUUCUUAACCUGAAGCACCACUUUAGCUAAUGGGGCCUCCCGCUGCUGCUGCGCCACCGGAGCACAAUUUCUGUUCUCAUCCUGAAGCAAAGUUCUUAACCCGAGGCACUAUUUCUGGGUUAGUGGAGUCUGUAACCUGAAGCGUAUGUAACCCGAGGUACCACUGUACCCUUAACAGUCCACAAAACCAUUCUUGGAUCACCCCAGAUUUUACAACUCAUUCCCCUACCUGGGAAUCUCUCACAGGAUAAGAACAUAAGAAAAGCCUGCUAGAUCAGGCCAAUAGCUCAUCUAGUACAGCAUCCUAAGUAGACAACCAGAUGCUGUAAAGGGGAGCUCACAAGCAGGACCUGAGGACAAGGAUAAAACUUUGUAUGUGUUUCAGGCCCUAUUACAUUAAAUCCUUCCAAUUAUUUUGUUGAACCUGCUGAAUUCCGGGGUAGGAGAGAAAGAGACAUAGCAGAAAGAGAACCGAGAGCCCAGCUUGGUUAUAGAAACAACUACUAUAUAAUGGCAGUGUCUGGAAAAGGUCUUGGCUGCCGGCUCUAAGUUGGAUGUGCCAAAGGGAAACGGAGCUUGUGCCACAGCAAACUCAGUGUGUGGCCGUCAGUGAAGCAGCAUGAACUUCAUCUCCCAUUACUUUCAGCAUCGAUAUCAAGCAAGCAUCGGGUAAUUCAAUUAAAACUCCACCUGAACCUUAUGGGAGAACAAACAUGUGGAAUGCAUUCAUUUGUACGGGAUGGUGACAUGUAUCUGUCCCUUGCGAAUAUCAUCUUCCAUUACCUCCCUUCUUGCCUCUACCUCCCCCCCCCCCUCAAAAAAGAAACAGAACUUAUUCUAGAAUAAGAACAUAUUUUUAUUGUGUUCAGUUUUUGCUGCUCCUAAUCUGACCCACGAAGCAAAUGCAGGGCUAGUUCAAUGAAAUGAGUGUGGAGUGGCAUGAUAGCUGAAUAUUUUGCAUUCCAACUGCGGGCCUCUUCCUGUCACUGUUUGUAAUUCUCCCUUGCCCCUUUCUCACCUUUGUGUGCUGAGUGGCACAGGCAAGGGAUCACCUGGAUUGGGCAUUUUCAUGCAAGCUAAAUGCAGUUUAUGCAAACUGUUCCUAAGAUGCCUAAAUUCAUGUGUUGAGAAAUAAAUAAUAUUUCAUCUUUGAUAAAUUGCUUAAAUUGCGUAAAUUUGAUCUCCUUUUGAAGUCAUGUAAGUCAGUGGCCAUCACUGCAUCUUGUGUGUUCAGUGAUCUUAGCUAAUAGUUUAAGGAUGUUGUAGUGCAGGGGCAGAGGGGGGGGUACAUUCAAAUGUGUGGCUGGCGUGACUUGUGGGUGCCGCAAAAACAAGUGACAGCUUCCCUUCCCAGAAACCUCUUCAGUGAAAUAAAUGGAAAAGAGACUGGAGACUCAGCUACAUUGGCAAAGAAAGAACACUUUUUAUGUGUUGUUUAUGCAUUCUAACACUGUGACACCAGGUGGCGCUGUGGAGUUCCGUUUUUGCCAGCCUGAUUUCUCAUACAAAGUUUACAGUGCGUUUAACUGAAACGCUUCUUUGAUGUGUCUAGAUCCAGCCUGAGUCUCCAUUGCCCCAUCUUUUGAAAAACCAGCUGCUUGUGAAGGGUCCUUCUGGAAAUCUGAUGCCCUUCAUGCUAACGCAGGCACAUCAUCUCACCUGUAGGAUCUCUGGAAUGAUCUACAAUACAGGAGCGCUCUAUUGUGGGCAGGGUCUCCCUAGGUGAAAUCCUACACCUGAAGCUCUUAUAUGGACUAUACAUUUGGGCUUUUGAGAAAGGCGCCCCUUUGCGUUAGGGAUGUGAAGUGACAACAAGAAUUGCAUUAUUUCUGUAAGCAGCUUCAUCUGUUUCAGGGCAACUCUGUGUCAUUUUGAUUCAAUUUCUUAUUCGGGUCCAAAUCCGAUCUCUUAAACCUGAAGCUGCUUUGCCCUUGGUGAGUGCAAUGGGGAAUCAAAAAGCUGCUUAUAAGGGUUUGUUUUCUUUCUUUUCACGUAAGUGGAUGAAGAGUGGAUGGAGCCUGCCAAAUUUCAGGCUGCGCAUUGAAAUUCUGGGGACAGCUGAGGCCAUAGAGGAAAUCAGAAACUUAGGGAGUCCCUGAUGUGCUUUGAGAUACCUUGUGAAUUGUGCAAUCUGACUCAGGAACAUGAGCCCUUGGCCAGAAGCACCCUGGGAUUUUUUAUGUUACUCGGAGUAUACACAUAGCCAGUGCGCAGUCCUCUGUGCACUCCAGGAAAAUGCUGCAACUCUCUAGUGCCAUGUGAGGCGGGAGUUCGAUGAGCCUCUCUAUUUGAUGUACCUUUAAAUUCUGCAGAGAUCUGGAGAGAAUAAAAUUGUACUUAUUGUUUUGUUUAAAGGUAGUUCUUAAGUUUAGAAUUUUAGAACAAGGUAUUUCUGAAUUUAAAGAGCUUGUAGAUUUUUCAAGCUCAUGAAGCACCGUAUUUUUCGCUUUAUAAGACGCACUAGACCAUAAGACGCACCUAGUUUUUGGAGGAGGAAAACAAGAAAAAAAAAUCUGAAUCCCAGAAGCCAGAACAGCAAGAGGGAUCUGGCUUCUGGGAUAGCCUUUUGCUGUCUUGGCUUAUGGAAUAGCCAUGCGCAGCUUCUCCCGGGCAGGGGCAUGAAGGCUCCCCCUGCCCGGAAGCACAGCUAAGGCAGAAGGCUCCCCCAAGAGCCGCGCUCCGUUUAAAGAGCUUGUGGAGCAUGUGCACGGCUCUUUAAAGGGAGCGCUGAGCAGAGCCUUCCCGCCUGCAUUCGCUCCAUAACACACACACACAUUUCCCCUUACUUUUUAGGAAGGGAAAAGUGUGUCUUAUAGAGCAAAAAAUACAGUAUUUUACUUCCAAACAAAUAGGGCUAAAAUAAAAGCCUUGUGCCAGUAAGCACCAAAGUCUGCUCUCUUUGUUUUGGUGGGUGAGGAAGGUGACAGUUUCAGCAUUUCAUAUUCUGCACCUAUACAUGUUCCAAAAUUAUUCUGGUUUGUUGCUGCAUAAGGAAAGUUUGGAUGUGAUCCUUUUCAUGGUGGGGCAAGCACAAUACGAUACAGAUCAGUUGUCUUUGCUCUGUGUGUCUCUGUGUUACAUGAUUUCUUCUUUUCCCUUUCCAGGACUGACAGCUAUUCCCCAGGUAUUUAAAAUGGAGAUUUCCUUCAAUCCCAGUGAUAAAAACACAUAUGAGAAGUACACGAAGCUCAUGGAUACAUUUCUGAAGGCUUAUGAGUUUAAUCAGGAGCAAGAGGCAGAUUUUGAGCUUGAGUCUUGUGCCAGUGAGUAGAUUUUAUUUGCACAUAACUUUUGUUUCGGAUGUAUUUGCUUUUAGUCUGGUCCAUCUAAAGUGCUGCUGGUGCCUAACAACCCUUGCCAGUAACUUUUCCAGUCCCACUCGGAAAAAGGCAACUCCCUUUUAUUUAAGCAAAUAACUCAGUUGAUUCCCUGUUCACCCUAUGUGCUGUGAGCUACCCAGAGUGCCUGGGGAAACCCAGUCAAGUGGGUGGGGUAUAAAUAAUAAAAUUAUUAUUAUUAUUAUUAUUAUUAUUAUUAUUACCCCAGCAACGAACUGUAACUAUCUCCUCAUGCUUCAGUAAUCCUAGCUCUGCUGAAGACAAUAUGGCUUGAAAUAACCUCACCAAUUUCCUUAGCCCCUGGUGGUUGUUGGUACGAUAGCACUGAUCUGUAAUGUUUUGGGUUGGAUGGAGACACCAGAACCCUACUGUUGUGUGCAGUUUUGCUAUAGAUUCAUUAUAUAUUUGCCAACACAGCAACUGAAAAGACCAGGCUGUAAGAAGCAAAGGAGACCACCUAGCUAGUACUGCUCGCUGUGUUUUGGAUUGAGGGAUCCAUCCAAAUACUUAGUAGGUUUUGGGACCCCCACCCCUAGUCAGGGGUCCAGGCAUGUUUGCCACAGUUCAGAGGGGAACAACUGCGGGGAGGCAACUGCAGGGCAAAAUUGGGGGGUACGAGGGAAAAGGUAGGCCUUCCCCUUCUUGCCCACUGCUCCUUUUCUGGGAAUUGCUUACCCCAGAGCUUUCCAUCCUGUCUGGGGACAACCCAGAUUCCAGAUCUUGUCUGGUUGCCAGAACAUGGCCAUUUUAUAAGAGAUGGUGGGUCUGCGUACCAUAGAACUGUCCACACUUUGCUCAGCUGAGAGGGCUGAGUCAGCACUCGGCCUGCUUGCACAACAAGACUUGCUAGCAUAAAGCUUGCCUGAGAGGGGUUAGGGAUGAGCCUUGUCCACUUGGUACCUGCUCAGGCAAACCAGCCUCAUCAGUUGAGAAUUGUGCACCUAAAGUAAACCACUUUCAGUUUUAAAACUAGAGGAGAAGUCCUUCCAUGGUAGCGUUUGGGGACAGUAAUUUUGUUUGCUGCACCAUCUUAGCUUGAUGGCGCUGGUAAACCCCUAGGCCUUGUACACAAAAUCUGUAAAGGACAUCCCCCCCCCCCCGCCCAAGGGAUUUUGGGCACUGUGCUUUCUUAAGGGUUGCUGGGAAUUGUAACUCUGCGAGGCGUAAGCCACAGCACCCAGAAUUCUGCAAGGGAAACUUAUUUGUUUUGAAUAUCAAGGUAUAUGUGUACGGAGCCAAAGUCUCCAGUGAACAUCGGGAAGGCACUGUAAGAUUAACACAACAGCCCAUGUUGGUGAUGAAGCCACAUGUCUUGUGACCUUCCUAGAAUAACUAUUAAAGGCAAAGGAGCCCUGUUCUCUGUAGGAUCUGGUAGACAUGGGACAGGCCUCUCUGAAAUGAGACAGAGCUCUUGUGAUCCCCAAGCAGUUAGCUCGUGCAUGCAGUCCUUUUUAAACACACCAUGAUCUAGGAAAAUGGCAUGAUCAAUACUGCACAUGUCACAGAGAGACAUGUCUGCAGGCUGUGUGUUUUGGUACCUGGCAGCUGCAAGCAAUUAGAUUUAAGCAGGGAAAAUAAGUGCACGUUGGGAAAUAUUCAGUUUUUCAUUAUCAGAAGUUUUCCUUAAAGCUAGGUGGAUGCUUCCCAUGCAAAAUUAUUACACUGUCUCAUAAUAUGAAGCAGGUGUAGGAUUCACCAUUAGACACUUUAAGUUGGAGCCUUUAAGGUUUAAUAUCCCUGAGAUGACUGAUUGUGGCAAGCUGAUCAAAAUGCAUAUAAGCAAGGUUUUUCUUUUUCUCCCCUACUCCCCACCUCCAGCUGAACCCUCCACCCACAAAGGUGAAGCUCCUAUUGACCCCAGCCUGGGCAAGAAGCCAUCUUGCAGGUUCCUUCGCUCCUGGCUGGACAACUGCUCUGGGAUAAGUGACCCCAGCUUUGGUUACAAAGACGGCAAACCAUGUGUCCUCAUCAAACUCAACAGGAUUAUGGGCUUCAUACCAAAGGCAAGUGCUGCUAGGCCUGUUUUUAAAGGAGGGGGGUGAGGAAAAAGUGGGAAUUGGUAGCACAACCACAUAGGAAAAAGGAGGGUGUUGGAGGAGUCUUUGAUUGUCUUAUCUUCUACAAGAUUGCUUAUAUCUACGGUAUUGUUCCAUCAAGAAGAUGCCCCCAUGUAUAAGGACCCCCCCCCUUAUUUUGGGGGACUCCAUUUUAAGAAAAUGAGGGGAGAUGGCCCAAAGUUGUUGAGCUUCUCCCCCCACGCAGCUGUGGGCAGGAAACUCCCUAGAUCAUUUUCCGCUUGCUGCGGCAUCGGGGGAAGUUGCGCUCGCACCAACCGGCUGGCUGGCGGGCGCAAUGCUUCUCACCCCCAUGCCACUUUCCGUGUAUUGGACUACCCCAGUUUUUGGACACGAUUUUUGAGUCAAAAAACCUCGGGAAAAUACGCUACUUUCCAUUUUCUCGUCCUUGCCACUGGUCUCAAAUAAACACCUGGUGGCUGCUUGGACUCUUCUUACCAGUGGAAACACUGUUCAUCUUCUCGUCACACAAUGGGGUGACCACUAGACUUGAGGCCCUGCUGGCUUUUAAAAUACUGAUCAUAUGCUUUUUUGCCAGGAGACCAAACUUAUGUUCCACUGGCAAGUGGCGGUGAGGAGGGCUGCUUACCAGACCAGCCAUGUAGCAAUUAAGAGGAUUCUCAAACUUUUUCUGGAUAUUUUUUCAUUUGCUUCACUCUGGGUCUGUGAGCAGUAUUUGGAGCUUAUUUGUCCACUGAUGGAAAAUCAUGCUUACGUUGGCUGAUUUGAGACUGUGAACCCAGAUCUUCCUCACAAAUCUACUAGCCUUCCCCUAUAUGGCAAAGAAGAGCUCGAAUAAAUAAAAGCCUUUGUUAGUUUUAAAGUAGUUUCCGGAUUAGAAAAGCACAAGUGGGGGAAAUAUGCUUUAAUUAUUUUAGUUACCACCUUUUCUUCUAAGGAUUUUGAGGUGGUGUGCAUGAGUCUCACCUCCCCAUUUUAUCCUCACAACAACCCUGUGAGAUGGGUUUCUCUGAUUUUUUUUCCUGUCUAUGCAGGUUCUGCAGACUUGUUUUCUUUUAAUUUACAAACUGUAGGGCUCCUAUUUUAAUUUUAGUUUGCUCCAUUUCACUUCCAAACUGAUAGGCACUUGACCAUCUUAAUUGGCUUCUGGAGGGUAUAUUUGGCAAAUACACUUAUUGGAGAAAGGAGUUUGUCUUUUAGCAAGGGUUUUGAAGUUGGUUUAAACCAUUUGUAAUGUGCUUGUUUUCCUCUUAGCCUCCACUCAAUGACUCCAUCCCAGCUGAGGUGAAGGCAAGAUUCAACCCUUAUAUCAUUCCUGUUCACUGCGCUGCUAAGGUAAAAUAGUUCAAGUUCUUACCGUAAUUUGUUGUAGAUGGGGCUGCCCUUGAAGACUGUCCAGAGACUGCAGUUAGUUCAAAUAUACAACUGCUUGCCUCUAAAUUGGGAUCCUAUCUCACCAGUCCUUGAGCAGCUACAUUGGCUUCUGCCCUACAUCUGGGCACCUCAUUCACAGUGAUGCUUUUGAAACCCGUAUAUGGCUUGGGCCUGGGAGACCUGCAAGAUUGCUGCCUCUAUAUCCACGUAACCAUACAUUAUGAUCUCCCUUGGAGACUACUGCCACCAUCAGAGGUGAGGCUGGUGGCAACUAGAGGCCCUUCUCUGUAGUGACACCCUAGCUCUGAAAAUCUGAAAUACCUAGCGUUUGUGUAACAAGCAUUCAUCAUGGCAGGAAACCCUGGUCAAGUCCAACAGUGAAAUGAAUGCAGGUUGCUGAGCAGGAGUACUUUGCUGAUAGAGAAAGGUGCUUGCUCAGUGCUAGAACUUUGUGUUCAAAAGGUCCCACGUGACAUCUCCAUGUGAAGCUGGGAACCUAAACAGACCUGAAAUCCUGGACAAUCAGGGCCAGCAAUACUGAACUAGGCUGAGCAAUUACUUGACCUGGUAUAAGGCACCUUCCUAUGUUUGCUCUCUUAUAUGUUGUCUGCAUGCAUGUUAGCUUUUAAAUGGACUCCCUUGCCAUCUCUCCUCUUACUUGCUUUGAGUGAUUCACUGUCUGCCCAAGCAAAGCAGUAUCACUCAAUACCAAGAUAAAACAGCUGUUGCUUUUUCUAAAAGUAGAGACUCAAAACAACACCCAACGGAGAGAACCCAGCCCUUUGUUUUUCCGUUAGGAGCCGAGACCUGAUACCAGAAGUGUCGACAGCUCCUGUCAUGAGAGAAUGUCCUUCAGUUGAAGCCAAACCAAGUCAAAAUCUCUCCUCCUCUUCCCUGCCCAACAGGAGUUGGAGUGAGAUCACUAAACACUGUCCCUUUCCAGCAUGUGGAAAAGAAGAGAGGGAUGCAGGGAGAGGGGCAGAGAAAGAAAUGCAGAAUGGGUCCGUGUAGAAAAAGAGCGUGUGCUGGGUAAAAGGCAGCAACAAACCUCACCCUGAAAAUGCCUAACCCAACCUCACAACUUGAUUCCAGUUGCCACACUUGUGUACGAGCUGCGAGAUCUUGAGAUGGCAGGUUAUGUAAAUGCUGAGAAUGGGGAGUGGGGCUGUGGGAACAUGUGUGCUAGCUCUAUUUUGUUGUUCUUGUCACUCUGCAUGAGUUGGGAGGGCUACUGCCUCAAACAAGUACUUGUAGGGGCCCCACCUGCUUUUUAUAACCCUGGGAAAUCAGUGUUCUGAAACGUGUGGGGCUUCCACAAGAACAAGAGGCUCCCUGCUUCAGAUUGUCCUCCAACUUGUGCAGUGGAACAAAGAACUGAGAGGGUGGAGCUGGUGCGCUCAUCACUGCAGCCCACCCCUCAAGUAUUUAAUUUAACACACCAUCAUAAUUCCUGAAUAGGGCUAUUAGCACAUUUUGAAAGGGAUGGAAUGCUGAACACAGAAGAGCGCUGUUGGACAGUCUAGUCCAAGCUAUUUUAUUUCCUUCAGUGGCCAACCAGGUGUUUCUCAGAAUCUCUUAAGGAGAGCAGAAACGCAACAUGGUCCUCUCUGGUGUGUUCAGCUGAAUGUUUGUGUACACAAGGAAGGCUUGCUUUUCUACAACUGGGAACCCUGGAAAGACAGGAUUCCCAGUUGCACAGUUGUCAGUGUGUGGACUUUCCAGAUGUUCAACUGAAUGCAAGAAAGUUUGGAUUAAGGACAGUGGCAGUGACCCCCACUUGUCCAUUCCUUCAUGCAUUCCUCAUGACAUGGGGAGCUGUUCUUCCAUCACUGUGGAAGUGGCCAUCGCUGCAUCUUCUGGCAUGCUACAAGUGAGGCCAAGGCAAUCCAUCUAAGGAGACAUUAGCCUUCACUCAUUCCACAGUUGUAAUCACUCGAAUGUGUUGGAAAGGUACAUAGAAAACUCAAGUGACUUUUCAGUGGGACAGUCUGUUUUUCACAAUGGGAGCUUUAAGUCAUGACCAAAUAGUGAACAAUAAAAAUAUGGUACGCAGAGCAUGCAGAAUGCGGAAUUUGCAAGUGACUUCUCCCUUUCGCUCCUUCAGAAAGAGGACGACAUUGACAAAAUUGGCCCCGUGGAAUAUUACGGCAUGGGUGGCUAUGGCGGCUUUCCUCUUCAGUACUAUCCGUAUUACGGCAAGCUCCUCCAGCCCAAGUACCAGCAGCCCCUUGUGGCCGUGCAGUUCACCAACCUGACGUAUGAUAUGGAAGUGCGUGUCGAGUGCAAGGUCUAUGGUCAGAACAUCCACUACAGUGACAAGGAUCGUUUCCAGGGACGUUUUGAUUUGAAAUUUGACAUAAAAAGCAGCUGAUCGCAAGCACAGUUUCUUUCUUCUCUCUCCUCUUAGCCAUUUAAAAAAGUAUAAAAAAGACAAAAACCUACUAGUCUUGAACAAAACUGUCAUACGUAUGGGACCUACACGUAAUCUAUAUGCUUUACACUAGCUUUCUGCAUUUAACUAGGUUAGAAUGUAAACUUAAAAGUGUAGCAAUAGCAACAAAGAUAUUUAUUCUACUGUAAAUGACGAAAACAAAACAAACACAGAAUUGAGCCUUGGGACAUGCCCAUUUCUACUGUAAAUUAUUAUUCCAUAACUGACUUGUAGUAAGCAGUGUUUCUGCCCCCUAAAUAUUGCUGCCUUGUGAGUUUUAUUUAGUGUACAGUACUAUAGGUGCAUUACUCCGAUCAUUUUUCAAGCCAUGUAUUAUUGUACCUGUUUUCUACUUUCUGUGAGCAAAUAUUUGCUGUCCAAGGUGUAAAUACUCAGUGGGACUAAAACUGGCAUGGUACUUUUAAUUAUUAUAUUUUUGUUCAUUUUUAAAAUGGUAAAGGCCCACUUGUGAGAUUAUUCAGCAGCACUCCAUAGAGCCUCCCCCCCUUCCUCCCUGUAGCCUUAGGACUUUAUUUAGUGUGGUGGCAGGGAAAAUUACCUUGACUUUGAAGCAACGCUAAGGAGCGUAGGUGAUUAUGUAUUGUGCUUUAUAGCGAAUGUUGUCUUUCUAUCUCUCUCUCUCUCUCUACUCCCCGUCUCCCCGCACCCGUUCUGAAGUUGUGUGAGAGAUCUGAGUCAGCCUAUCACUCUCAUCAGUGACAGGAAUAAUUAUUUUGCUUUGUAUAUUUUCUUUUCCUGCUAGAGGCAUCAUAUGCAGUGGUGCUGUCUUUAUUGAAUGUUUUAACCAUUUCCAUGGUGGAAGAAUUUUAUAUUUAUGCAGUUGUACAAUUUUAUUUUUUUUCUGCAAGAAAAAAAGUGUAAUGUAUAAAAAUAAACCAAAGCCACAUGUUUGAAAAUAAAUCUUUAUUUUGAACUUUAUGAAAAGCAAUGCAGUUAACCCCCAUCAACUGGUGUUAAAUGUUGUCUAAAGUGCAAACCUCUAUGUUCUAACAUAUGUAAUAGCCAGGAAAAUACAGUGCUCUUGUUGAUCUUGUAUUUCAGUCAGGUUAAAACAUUGGUCAAUAAAUGAAUAAACACACAUCUUCCAUC